AUGGCUUCCGAAAGCACCAGGAGCACGCCUGAGCUGCUCCCCACAAAGCCAGCUCUCUCAAAAUCCACCUUGGCCGAGGUCACCAAGGCUCUCGAGGUUGGACAUCCCCUCAAGGCCACACACAUGUGCGCCCUCCUGGCCGCCUACCCAACACUCAGCAAGGACACAACGAUAGUUCAUCCCUCUUAUUUUGACAUGUCAUCUCCCUCCACCGACUCAAGGGUCCCUCUCAAACCGCUCCCCUCCAACAAGGUAUUCCUGGCGCCCCUUCAGCACUUUGAUCCCAACCAUUGGUCAGUGGUGAGGAUACAACGAGACGUGGCAUAUAAAACAAUCAUGAGCCGCCACUACGAUCCGAUUCCUUCUCCACAACGCCUCCAGGACGUGGAGCGGGUGAUGAAGCUCUGGGUAAAACUCCAUCACCCUGGCUGGGAUCUGAGAUUGUCAGAAGUUAGCGGUCCCAAAGCUGCUACCUCAGCCCUUAGUGGUCUUUACGCCGUGCUAGGGACUGAUGAGUUUCCGGCCACAUGCAGUUUCGCUCCGACUUGGAAGCCCAAGUCACCGCAGAGCGCUGUCUUGGCGGCCUUAGAGCGGUAUGAGAGGGCCGCUUCGGCUGAUAGCGGAGUGAGUAUGGACGAGGAGGAACCCUCAAAAGCUUCUUCGAGCAGUCAAUCCUCGAAGCGCGGUGACGCGAAGAAGGGCCUUGGCAUUGGCACUGCAAAGCGCACCAAGGGUUCUCUGGUUCGUAAGCUGGGCAAGGAGAAGACUCCCGUUUCUACUCCAAAGAAGGCAUCACCUUUGCUAUCCGAAAAGAAUCUGCCUCCGAAGCCAAAGGUCCCUGGUACUCCCCAAUCCGAGCAGAAGUCACAACUCCCGGACACACCAAAACUGAAAACCCCAAGCACUCCUCUCACCGAACAGAGGCCAACGUUCGACAGUCCGAAGCCGAAACUCCCCGUUACUCCCCAGUCUGAGCUAAAGCAGCAGUCUUCCAACAGCUCAAAACUCAACAUCCUCACUACCAUCAACGACAGCACCAGCACCCUUCCCCCUACGCCAUCAGCCAAGAGACCAAGGUCCGGUUCUCUCUCAGAAAAUCCCCUGGGGAUUUCCGAGGCACCUGUCAAGAAGAGAUGUACCCCCGAAAACCGGGAUACAGGGGGAACCAUCCAGAGCAUCGGUACAUUCCUUCAAGGCCUCUCCUUCCCAUCACCCGAACAGGCCGUGGCAGAUAUGGAGGGUAGCGGCACAGCCAUGAUGGCUGCCAAGUCAAAACUACAGGAGGCGCUAGAGGAGCAAAAGGCAUGCUCUCUGCAGUACGCAGAAAGGUUCGAGACCUAUAACCAGCACAAAAAGGACUGGGAAGUCUUGUCGCAGAAGAUCGCACAGGACACCAAGAGCCUAGAGAACUGGUUCAAGGACAUGCCAGCCAUGAACACCAUGACAUCGGAGCAAUGCUACCAGAUCCGCAAAGCCUUCGAGUCGAACCUGAACCAGCACCGCAAUACCCUAAAGGAGAAGCACGCGAAGAUGCAGAGUUCCCAGAUACUGCUCAAGUCAGCUGAGGAUGUAUGGGACGCCAACAAGGCCAAGGCGGCCAAGCUGGAGAUUGCAUUUACGGAGAAGGAGGCAGAGUAUCGGGAAUUUAUGAAGCUAAAGGAUGUGGCCAAGUUCAUCUCGGAGUUUGGGGAGAAGUUUGGUGCUCUCAAGGCCAAGUGGGAGACUUGA